CCCACCCCCAGCGCCUCUUCCCGGCUCCCCGCACCGCCGCCAUGCUGGCCUCCCGCGGGCCGGCCCUCUGCACCGCGCUGCGGCGGGCGACCCCCGGCGGCCUCGCCUCCUUCCACUGCUCCGCCGGGCGCCGCCGCCCCGCCCGCGUGGCUGUGGUCCUAUCUGGUUGUGGUGUCUAUGAUGGCACAGAAAUCCAUGAGGCCUCAGCCAUACUGGUGCACCUUAGUCGUGGGGGAGCGGAGGUUCAGAUGUAUGCUCCAGAUGUUCCUCAGAUGCAUGUCAUUGACCACAGUAAAGGGCAGCCAGCUGAAGCUGAGUCAAGGAACGUUUUAGUGGAAUCUGCAAGGAUUGCUCGUGGUAAAAUUGCAAGCCUGGCUAAGCUUACUACAGCAGACCAUGAUGCCGUGAUAUUCCCUGGUGGAUUUGGAGCUGCUAAAAACUUAUCUACCUUUGCUGUUGAUGGGAAAGAUUGCAAGGUGAACAGAGAAGUUGAACGUGUCUUGAAAGACUUCCACAAAGCAGGCAAACCUAUUGGUCUUUGCUGCAUUUCACCAGUGUUGGCAGCAAAGGUUCUCUCUGGUGCUGAAGUAACUGUGGGCCAUGAAGAAGAGGAAGGUGGCAAGUGGCCUUAUGCUGGGACUGCAGGAGCCAUUAAAGAACUGGGAGGAAAGCACUGUGUGAAAGAAGUAACUGAAGCUCACGUGGAUACAAAAAACAAGGUGGUGACUACCCCAGCAUUUAUGUGUGAAACAGAAUUACAUAAUAUCUUUGAUGGCAUUGGGGCCAUGGUGAAGAAUGUGCUAAAAUUAACUGGCAAAUAAAAAAAAGAAUCAGAAAUGUUUAAAUUUAGGGUGUAGUAUCAAAUGUAACAUGGACCAAUGGAAACGUUUUCACCUGCUUGUCCUGUUCACACUCUAAUGAAUGCUGAUGUGAAGCUGAUUGAUUCCCAGCUGCAGGGUUUUCCAUGCCCUUUCUGAGAGAGGGGCCUGCAGGAGGGCUUACGGAGUACAAGCAGUCUGGCCUGAGACAUGGAGCAUUUUCUCGAGCUUUUUCAGCUGGGGAGAGCUGUGCGGAGAUAUUCUGAAACCAGUCCUUCCGAUACACCAGUGUCACAUCAUUUCUGUGUGGGCCAAAAGAGACUAAAGGCCCCUUCAGAAGCUGAGAUGUGUUGUAAGGAUAUAGGAGAUGCAGUGGCAGUAUAUUCUUCAUCCAGUGUAUGGAUGAAGAAUGGGAGUAGAGAGGAAUUAGUGCAUGGUUCAAGGUUUAUGUGCUCAGGCCUGUAUCUGUGAACAAAAAGCCAGGAUCAGCUGUCAAGGAAAUAGACCUCAUCCACAUCUUAAUUUAGUUUGCUAUUAAUUAAAAGAUUAUUGUUUUGAUUUUCCUUUUCAAAGAAUCCUGUUUUCACAAAGGACCCGUUCUGAAUAUCAAUCAGCAGCAGGAUACAUCUUAACUGUCACAACAUUAGCAUUUUGAAAAAUUAAUCCAUUGGCCCAUUAUUGCUAAAAAGGUCUUGAAAUGAAGGAGAAAAUACCCGCUGAUGUGACGCACAAUUUUUAAGGAUAAUAUCCGUAUUAAAGUAGUUGCAUGACUAGUAGUGGAUGGAAAAAACAGUCUCAAAUUAUCCUCACUUUCCCUGCUUUAGGGUAAUAAAGCUUUCUCCAAAGAAAUAUUAUUGAAUGUCUGGAAUAAUGAUGUAUAAAUAAAUUAAUUUCUGCCUUUA